UUCUUCUUCUAUAAUCUCCUUGAGACAUGGAAUUUGAAUAUUGGCAGCAACCCAUGUUGAGCAAGACCCUUAAAAUUCAAUCCUCCUCUUCGUAUGAGGAUUGCAAGCGUUCUGAAAUAUCAUUCAGAGGUACACUGGAGGAGGUGGAGGAGGAGGAGGCCAUACCAAAGACCGAGUCCGAGGAGCUAAGGCUGUCUUGGCUCCGAUCUCAAGUCAUUGGCGCAGCUGCGGAAUUCAAUUCUCCGUUUGGGAAACGAAGACUCACUUAUGCCGAUCACACUGCCUCCGGACGCUCUCUUCUCUACAUCGAAAACUUCAUCCUCAACAAUGUCCUCCCCUUUUACGGGAACACUCACACGUGUGACAGCUACGUUGGAAACCGGACUUCAAAAAUGGUGCAUGAGGCAGCAAAGUACAUCAAAAAAUGCUUAGGGGGUGGACCAGAAGAGGCACUCUUGUUCUGCGGCCAAGGCACCACCUCAGCCAUUAAAAGGCUCCAAGAGGUGAUGGGCAUUGCUGUGCCCUCAAUCUUGAGAGACAGAGUUAUAAAUAAUCUGAACACAGAAGAAAGGUGGCUGGUUUUUGUUGGGCCCUACGAGCACCACUCGAACCUCCUCUCAUGGCGGCAAAGCUUGGCUGAAGUUGUUGACAUUGGUGUAAAUGAUGAUGGCUUGCUGGACUUGGAGGCUCUUAGACUGCAACUAGAGAAAUAUAAAUAUGCCAACAGGCCAAUUCUGGGUUCCUUCUCAGCUUGCAGCAAUGUCACUGGGAUUUACUCUGAUACAAGAGCCAUUGCUCGACUUAUUCAUCAAUAUGGGGGCUUUGCCUGCUUUGAUUUUGCAGCAAGUGGGCCAUAUGUGGAAAUUGAGAUGAGGUGUGGAGAGAUGGAUGGCUACGAUGGUGUUUUCCUGAGCCCACACAAGUUUCUUGGUGGGCCAGGAAGCCCAGGCAUCCUAAUGAUCAGCAAGGCUCUGUAUCAGCUCAGAUCUUUCCCUCCAUCAACUUGUGGAGGUGGAACUGUUGCUUAUGUCAAUGGCUUCAGCGAUGAGGACACUGUGUAUUGGGAGGACAUAGAAGAAAGAGAGAAUGGUGGCACUCCUCAAAUAAUUCAGACAAUUAGAGCAGCACUGGCUUUUUGGGUGAAGGAAUACAUCGGUUAUCAAGUGAUAGAAAAACAUGAGGAUUUCUAUGUCAAAAGGGCACUAGAGAGGCUUCUUCCAAAUAAAAACAUAUGGGUUUUAGGAAAAACAAGUGCCAAGAGACAAGCUAUUUUCUCUUUCCUCAUUUAUUCCACCACCAAUCGUCCGUCAACAGCUGGCACGAAAAUAGAAGGUGGUGGAGAGGGUCCAAAGGAAGCGCUUGACAUGUGGAGGGAGACAGGAAAUGGCAAAGGUAAGCCCCUUCAUGGGGCAUUUGUUGCAGCUCUGCUCAAUGAUCUAUUUGGUAUUCAAUCUAGAGGUGGGUGUGCUUGCGCUGGACCUUAUGGUCACACUCUGCUCAAAAUUGAUGACACUCUUUCACAUUUCUAUAGAUCUGCCAUUCUAAAGGGCUAUCUCGGAUUGAAACCUGGAUGGACCAGAAUCAGCUUUCCCUACUACAUUUCAAACGAUGAAUUCGAGUUCAUUUUAACUGCGUUGGAGUUUAUAGCUAUUUAUGGACAACGGUUCCUUCCCCUGUAUCACUUCAAUUUGAGAAGUGGAAGCUGGACUUCCAAGAAGAAGGCACAUCAAGACCUACUUGACAAUGCUAUACAGGGAAUGAACAUUGGCCAUGACCAAUCUAAAGAUGGCAACAAUGCAGAGAAGCAUGAUCAAUCCGCCAAAUUUUAUGAUUAUUUGGAAACCGCUAAGCGCAUAGCAAAUCUCUUGCCCAAGUUUCCUCCUCAGCGUAGGCUUCCAGAAGACGUAGACAUCAACUUCUUACACUUCAGAGUCUAACUCCAAUUCUUUUUAAAAUGUAGAAUAUCUUUCUAAUAUGUGAGUUGAACAAUUUCUCUUGUAUGCAUGAAAAAAAUGAGCACGCAUAAGCAUAGAUGGAUUGCUAAGAUUUUAAAUAAAAACAAUGGUGGCAUAACUUGUUGAGCCCUCA